UCUCGACUCUUGCAAUCUAUUGCUUGCGACGAUUGUGGCGCCGACUCAUAUUAUGAACGCCUCCCCUCCGCGACUCCCAAUUCAACUCUCUCGCAGUUCUUCGUGCUGAACGUGAGCGCGGGACUUGAAGAUUUAGAUGUUGAAUGCUAAUUUUCCCUGCUGAAUUCCGGAGAGUAGAGUGAGGCCAAUCGAUUUCUUCGUUAAAGAUCCGAUUUUUGAUGGAUUUAGGGUUCCUUUUCCUGGAUCAGUCAUGGUCUCUGAUGCAGCUCCGUUCCCUUCUCUGUGCCUCCUUCGCCUUCUUGCUACUGGCGACUACUUUGGUCGUCGUUGCUGUCGACAACUCCACCUAUUACGUGCCAAGAGACGACAUCCUCCUCAACUGCGGCGCCUCCGGCCAGGCAUCUAGCUUCGACAGACGAUCCUGGACCGGCGACACCGGAACCAGGUACGCCCCCUCCUUGAACGGCAGCGGCGGCUUCAAUGCUCUACCGCUAGAUCCAUCGGUCUCCACGGUCCCGUACUCCACCGCUCGGGUCUUCACUUCUCCCUUCACCUACCGCUUCCCUCUCAGCGCCGGCCCGAUAUUUAUCCGCCUCCAUUUCUACCCUUCCGAUUACUCCAACCAUGCCGCUUCCGAUGCCUUCUUCUCCGUUACAUCUGGCCCUUACAUCCUUCUUCACAACUUCAGCGCCUACCUAACUGCCGAUGCCCUAAAUUUCGCCUAUCUAAUCCGUGAAUACUCCGUAAACGUCUCCACCGGCGGCCUAAACCUCACUUUCACCCCAUCAACCACCCAUCCCAACUCCUAUGCCUUCAUUAACGGUAUCGAGAUUCUAUCAAUCCCUGACUUGUUUAGCUCAGCAACACCGUUGCUUGUCUAUGGCGAUGAUGAUAAUCAUGCUUACACUAUCGAUCCCGACCAAGCUCUGGAGACGGUUUACCGGCUCAAUGUGGGUGGGCAAGCAAUUCCCCCCAUCGAAGAUUCCGGCUUGUUCCGCUCUUGGGACGACGACUCGCCUUACAUUUAUGGGGCUGCAUUUGGUGUGACCGACUCCAAUGAUCCGAAUGUUACCAUCACAUACCCGACCAGUGUUCCAAAUUACAUUGCACCACCGGAUGUCUACUCCACAGCAAGAUCAAUGGGUCCAAAUGCACAGGUGAACUUGAACUACAAUUUAACCUGGAUUCUCCCUGUGGAUGCUGGCUUCUAUUACCUUGUCCGGCUACAUUUCUGUGAAAUCCAGUAUCCGAUAGUGAAGAAAAACCAGAGAGUCUUUGACAUCUACCUUAAUAACCAGACUGCAAAAGAAAAAGCUGAUGUCAUUGGUUGGAGUGGCGGGAUCGGUAUCCCUGUGUACAGGGACUAUGUGGUGACGACAAUGGGAAGAGAGCAGAUGGAUCUGUGGGUUGCGCUUCAUCCAUAUACACUCUCCGAACCAGAGUAUUAUGAUGCCAUCUUGAAUGGGCUUGAGGUGUUCAAGCUGCAGAACAGUAAUAACAGCCUGGCUGGUCUUAAUCCAGGAGCACGCUCGCAGCUCUACGUUGAUCCUGGAGAUCACAGGAAGGGGAGUGCGAAACAUAAGAGUGAAGUUCCUGUUAUUGUUGGUGGCGUGGUCGGAGGUUUUGCUGUUUUGCUCGCUGGUUUUUGCCUAAUUGGAAUGUGCAAAUGCCAGAAGAAGAAGAUGGUGAAGGAAGGGAAGGGUGCAGUUACAAGCAAUGGGCCUUAUGGUUUGUCGCCUCUCUCCCUCUAUGGCAACACACGUUCAGUUGCGUCGGCUGAUUUCAAUCUCUGCCGCUACUUCUCCAUUGCAGAGAUAAAAGCUGCCACAAAUGACUUCGAUGAGUCCCUUCUUCUUGGAGUUGGUGGGUUCGGAAAGGUCUACCGUGGGGAGAUAGAUGGUGGGAUCACAAAGGUGGCCAUCAAGCGUGCUAACCCGAUGUCCGACCAAGGUGUCCAUCAAUUCCAGACUGAGAUUGAGAUGCUUUCCAUGCUCCGACACAACCACCUUGUCUCUUUGAUCGGUUACUGUGAGGAGAACUGUGAGAUGAUCCUAGUCUACGAUUACAUGGCACAGGGGACCCUCCGCGAGAAUCUUUGCAAGACACAGAAGCCGCCUCUUCCAUGGAAACAGCGGCUUGAGAUCUGCAUCGGGGCUGCACGCGGUCUGCAUUACCUUCACACCGGUGCCAAGCAUACCAUCAUACAUCGAGAUGUGAAGGCAACAAACAUACUGUUAGAUGACAAAGGGGUUGCAAAAGUUUCAGAUUUCGGGCUCUCGAAGAUUGGUCCGAACGCCGACGAGUCCCAUGUCAGCACGGUGGUGAAGGGAAGCUUUGGUUACUUCGAUCCAGAGUACUUUAGAAAGAUGCAGCUCACAGAGAAAUCUGAUGUCUACUCUUUUGGGGUCGUGCUGUUUGAGGUCCUGUGUGCUCGGCCAGCUCUUAACCCCAUGCUUUCAGAUGAAAAGGUGAGCUUGUCGGAGUGGGUACUGCACUGCCAAAAGAAUGGCAUGCUCGACAUGAUCAUUGAUCCCUACUUGAAGGAUAAGAUUGCUCCACUGAGUUUCAAGUGGUUUGUAGAGACUGCAGUGAAAUGUUUGGCUGAUACUGGGAAGGAACGACCAUCCAUGGUUGAUGUGGUUCGGAACCUUGAGCUUGCCCUCCAACUACAGGAAAGAGCAGAGGAAAGUGACAGCAUCGAUGGAGGGAUCUCCGAUGAGACUGUGUUGUUUGUCGGAACAGAAAAUAAAGACUCCGAUGAUCGAUUGAUCGAAUCGAGCACUACAACGAGCGUAAUAAGGCAGAGUCCCGCUAGUCAAGAAUCUCAGGUAUUAGAAACUCAAAUAGAGCGUUCAAGUGGAUCUUCAUAUAUCUCAGAAGAUACUUUAAUAUAUAAUAUUCAUGAUGUUAAUACUGCAAUAAUUAUCAAUAUAUAAAUUUCUUACAUAUCGAUAAUGUAUUUUAUACUUGAACAAUGUAUUUUAUGCUUCCCAUAAUGUUAUUGCAAUUAGCAAUAGAGAUUUGUAAUGUAAACCCUAUGGAGCUGCAAGAACUGCUGCUUCUUUUGCUUGGA